AUGGUGAGGAGGAACCUGAUCAAGCUAUGCAACUGUUGUGGGCAGCUCUUGUACCAUCUAACGUCAAGGCGUUUGUUGGAUAGACUUCAAACUAGACAACAAUUGUUUCGCCGAGGGGUGCUUCAAGGUACUGAUGAUCCUCGUUGUGCUUUCUGCCAUGUAGAGUUGGAGACGGCUGCCCAUUUGAUGUCAUCUUGUACAAGGGUUCGUGAGGUUUGGGCUCUUUGUAAUAGUUGGACAGGUGGUCCUCUACACUUUUAUGAUUCGCCGCGUGAUCAUCUGAGGCAUUUCGCUUUCCAUGGCUGGAGUAGAUCUCAAAGAGUUUGUGAGAUUGCAGUGUGGCGUGCUGUGGUGUGGUCGGUAUGGCUCCAUCGGAAUGACAUUAUUUUUAGAGAUGCAGUGCUUGAUAUUGAUUAUUUGUUAGAUAUGAUUCAAUUUCGCUCAUGGAAUUGGGUCCGCCAUAAGGUGAAGGGGGUGGGGUUUUCGUUAUUUGAAUGGAAAAUUGCUUGGACGCUUGUAUUCACUCCCUGUGAUGUCUUGGGGGCCUGUUGUCUUGCUUGUGGUGCUGCUGUCAUGCUUGGGGGGUUGCUGUCAUGUGCGUAG